AUGAGCGGGCUUCAUCUACCCCGCAAUGCCGCUUCGAUAUUGGAACGCGCCUACAACGGAGAUGCAAAGACGUCCGAAUUCGACAAAUGGCUUAUCUACACGACUGAACAUGCACCUCAAGACGCCCAAGAGCUCUAUCGAUUGGCAAUGUCAGCAUAUAAUGACCAAGCCCUAAACGAACCAGAAUCCGAAUGGGAAAGCGUGGCCUUCCUCAAACCAGCCAACCAAAGCCGUCCAGACCUCCAAUCACCCUCUCUACAGCGUGUUCUAGAGCAUCAUCUGCACAUGGUCGAACGUCAAUUCCCAGAAUCUGCACGCGGUAGCCGGGAUGACGAGCAAUCUCAUGUUUACGGCUUCAUUGCAUUGACGCAAUCUGAUUGGGAACAGAGAGGGGUAACGGUAGUACACUGUGAUAAGGAUCGCGGAAUGUGGAAGGUCACUCAGUGUCGAGGUAUCCCCAUUGAUCAAUUGGGUAUGGAGUUGACCAGUGUCAGCGACAACGACGACGAAUUUGACAAUGUUCGUGAAAGGUAUGAUGGUAGCGGCAACGAGGGACAGGACAACCAAGGUGGUGCAGCUCCGCAUGGACAGUGGCAGUUCUUGGUCUUCUCGACGGAAUGCUCUCACCUAGAAGCUAUGCGGUGCAUACCUGAUCCUCGUGGUGGUCCCGAUUUUCCCCUGGGUGAGUCAACUCUUACAUUUCGGUCAUCAGAGUUGUCUUCCGUCGCAGCCAUCCAAGAAGACUUUCCUGUCGCGUACGCAGAGACUGUUAGGCAUCCUACAGUGCCUGCGACUGGUCGUCAGAGGAUCUGCAAGAUUUAUCCGGAAUUGUUUGUUGUGGUCGAGGGCAAGCAGAACGUGUCAAUCAAGAUUGUUAAGCUUGAUUGGGACCAUGAUGUUGAGAAGUCGGAUGACGAGCUGAGAAGAAUCGGGAGAGAGAGUCGAACUGUUUCUCAGCGGAUAGUCGAGCCUAAGGCAGUUGUCUCAACUCUGGAGCGGCUUGCAAACGAAGAUUAA